AUGGAAGGUGCCAAUACAAACAUAAAUGCAAUGCCUUCCAUCGAAGAUACCUCGUUUGUGUCCAAAGGUUCGAAAUCCUUUGGUGGAGCUGGAAUCGCACUGAGCAGAGAAAAACUCGCUGAUUCUGACCGCCGUCUAUUAGAAAAGCGGAAGCAAUUUCAAACCCAGAUUGCUGAGAGUAAAAAGAAACGCGAAGACCUUAUGUCCAGGCAGGAGAACUUACUUUACCAAAUGAUGCGUUUUGACGGCUUCAUUCGCGACAAUGAGGCAAAGCGUGUUCGAGCCGUUUCCAAGUACCUUACGGAAAGACGUAUGAUUGAGGAGAAAACGGAGGAGGGUGCUAGGCUAAGGGUGGAAUUUGGAAAAGCUAAACUUGCCUACGAACAGAUGAGAAAUAAGGUCGAGGAAUACAAGAAGUACGAGGCAUACCUCAUGAGGGUUAUUGAUCUUCUGCCUCCAGACUACAUAAAAAUCGCCGACAACGUACUUGGUGGCCUUAUAGUGCGAUACAACACUCUUUACACAACAAACCAAUCUCUCCUGUCUGAAAUGAAUAAGAAGUCCGAAAGUAUUCGAGAGGCAAACGCCCAGCUACAGUCUCUGCGUGAGGAACACUGCAGCCGCAUCCUCACACUCAAUUCUAAAUUAGCCGACCUUUAUGGUGAAAGGGACCGUAACAAUGAGCAACGUCAACGGCUCAUGCAACGAUUCUAUCAGAACCACAAGGAACUCAGAAAUCAGCUGGAACAAUUUGGAACCGUGAUUCGUUCCAUUGAUAACCUCGUAGAUAAAUGUGGUUGGCCCUAUACAGCAGCCGUUGGCGAGAAAGAAUCCUUGCGUACAAAGCUAGUGCGCAUAACAGAAUACAUACUGACGCUGCGGAAGAUUCUGUCAGCUCUCGGUUCAAACAGCAGCAAGGCUGAACGUAAGUAG